CUGCCCAGCAGUGACACCUGUCAGUGCCCAGCAGUGUCUGCCCAGCAGUGCCACCCAUCAGUGCUGCCCAUCAGUUCCGCCUAUCAGUGCCAGCUCAUAAGUGCCACCUAUCAAUGCCGCCUAUCAGUGCCUCCUAUCAGUGCCCUUCAAUGUUGCCUAUCCAUGCCAGCUCAUCAGUGUCCAUCAGUGCUGCCUAUCAGUGCCCAUCAGUGCUGUCUAUCAGUGCCCAUCAGUGCUGCCUAUCAGUGCAGCCUCAUCAACUCACAUGAGUGAU